ACACUCCACUUGUAUCUAUCUUAAUUUUCUCCCUUUUCCUCAUUAAAAUCCAAAACCCCACAAUCUUUUGCCCUUCAACCGAAUUUCUUUAUAUCUCCCCUUUCUUCUUCCAUUGGGUUUCUGUUUUAUCUAAUACAUUGAAAACAGCACCUUUUUUUUUUUUUUAAAUUAAUCGACUUUUAUACAUCUGUUAUGUUAUGUUGAAGAUCAGUGAUUUUGAUAAAAAAUUUUCUUAAAAUUUUGAUAUUGGGAUCUGUAUUUUGAAGGGAAAGGAACUAGACUUAAUAUGGGAAAUAUUGGGAGUAGUGGGGUGCAAGGACGGAGGAGGAGUUCGAGCAGGCGGAGACACCCACCUCCGCCGCCCCCUCCUCCUCCUCCUCCUCCACAGGCUUCUCAACCAGAGAUCACAGCAAACAGGUAUGUUUUCGCGGCAGCGACUCCUUACCCUACAUCCCAAUACCCAAACUCCAACGUUCCUGGUUAUUACCAACAGUACCCGGGGUACUACCCGCCUCCACCGCCCUCCUUGCCAGUGCCUUUGCCCGCUCCUUAUGACCACCACCAUGCGGCUGCCCACGCCAAUUGGGUUAACGAACGGUACCCGUAUGGGCCGCCCAUGAUGCAGCCUCCGGCACCAUACGUGGAGCACCAGAAGGCUGUUACUAUUCGAAAUGAUGUUAACUUGAAGAAAGAAACUUUAAGGAUCGAGCCCGACGAGGAGAACCCUGGGAAUUUCCUCGUUGCUUUCACUUUUGACGCCACAGUGGCUGGAAGCAUGACCAUAGUUUUCUUUGCUAAGGAGGGUGAAGAGUGUUGCCUGACUCCAACUAAAGAAAGCUUACUUCCACCUAUUGUGAUACAUUUUCAACAAGGUUUGGCACAAAAGUUUAAACAACCCCCUGGAACAGGGAUAGACCUUUCAAUGUUUGAGGAGGCAGAACUGUCGAAAGUUGGUGACAUGGAUGUGUACCCUCUAGCGGUUAAGACAGAGGCUUCCAUAGAUAACGAAAAUGGAAACUCAGACAGUGGAUCCAAGAAUUCCCAAAUAACCCAGGCUGUGUUCGAGAAGGAGAAAGGUGAAUAUCAGGUUAGGGUAGUGAAGCAGAUAUUAUGGGUUAAUGGCAUGAGGUAUGAACUACAAGAGAUUUAUGGGAUUGGAAAUUCAGUUGAGAGUGAUUUUGAUGGGAAUGAUCCUGGAAAAGAAUGUGUCAUUUGCCUCUCAGAACCCAGAGAUACGACUGUCCUGCCAUGUCGGCAUAUGAUGCAUGCUUGCACUCUAAAUUGGCAAAUUUUCUUGUACUGGUAUGAUUAUUGAGAGAAGGUUGGGCAUUGGUAGCUUGUGAAAUGCAUGUGUGAUUCUGGUCACUUCUUGAUGCAGUGUAUGUGCAGCGAGUGUGCAAAAGUAUUGAGGUUCCAAACAAAUAGGUGUCCAAUUUGCAGACAGCCGGUGGAGCGGCUUUUGGAGAUCAAGGUCAACAAUGGGACUGAUGAAUGAAGAGGAUUAGCUGCUGUCCCUGUGCUUCAAAGUUUAUAUUUUCUUUUUGUAUUUGUGUUUAUCGUUUUCCAUCUCGUUGCUUUCUUGACUUUAAUAAUCAGAUUGAAAAGCUCAAUGGUGUGCAAUGUGUUGAAAAAUAUACCAUUGAUAUAGUUCACGAAACUGGAUAUGCUGCAGGUCAAUUCCUUGAGAAACAAUUUUGCAUAGCGCUUAGCGGCAUUUCCUCUUGCUCACAAUUGUUCGAUACAAGAUGUAUAGAUCGUUUGUCUUGCUAUUAACCACUUGUUCGAGUUUCAUUAUUUUUCA